AUGCUUAAUGGUGCACCUAUAGGAAAUACAGAAAAUGUUCUCGAGACAGAGUCUCCAAAUAUUCAUUCGACAACCAGUCCACAGUCGGAUAUGUCUACUCCAUCUAAUAAAGUGUCAAGAAACGACCUGACUAAGGAUACCAGGUUUCCUUAGGACAUAGUUGAAGAAGCAAAACACAAUCCUAAGAAACCCGCCUCUGCUUAUGUUACUGUCUGUCUAUUGUGUUUAUGUGUUGCAUUUGGAGGGUUUGUUUUUGGUUGGGAUAUUGGUACGAUCUCGGGAUUUGUCAAUAUGUCUGACUUUGAAAGAAGAUUUGGCUCCUACAACAAAAAAAGAGGUACCUAAUAUUUCAGUAAUGUCAGAAUGGGAUUGAUGGUAGCAAUUUUUAACAUGGGCUGUGCAAUUGGGGGGAUUAUAUUGUCAAAAGUGGGUGAUAUUUAUGGGCGUCGUAUCGGCCUAAUAGUGGUGGUAUUGGUUUAUGUUAUUGGAAUUAUAAUUCAAAUUGCAUCAAUUAACAAAUGGUAUCAAUACUUCAUUGGUAGAAUUAUCUCCGGUUUGGGAGUUAGAGGUAUUGCAGUUCUAUCGCCAAUGUUAAUCUCAGAAACUGCUCCAAAACAUCUGAGAGGUACACUGGUGUCAUGUUAUCAAUUGAUGAUUACUGCUGGUAUUUUUUUAGGAUACUGUACAAAUUAUGGUACAAAAACUUAUAGCAACUCUGUCCAAUGGAGAGUUCCUCUAGGUUUAUGUUUCGCAUGGGCAAUUUUUAUGAUAAGUGGAAUGAUUUGUGUCCCAGAAUCUCCACAGUUUUUGGUCGAAGUUGGAAAGUUUGAAGAUGCGAAGCGUUCCGUUGCUAGAUCAAAUAAGGUUGCAGUAGAUGAUUUGGUCGUCAUUGCUGAAGUCGACUUGAUUGCUGCGGGUGUAGAAGCUGAACGAUUAAGCGGCAGCACAUCUUGGGGUGAACUGUUUUCAACCAAGACUAGGGUCCUACAGCGACUAAUUAUGGGGGUCAUGCUGCAGUGUUUCCAGCAAUUAACUGGUAAUAAUUACUUCUUUUAUUACGGCACCACUAUUUUCAAGUCUGUGGGUUUAACGGAUUCGUUCCAGACAUCCAUUGUUAUUGGUGUGGUAAAUUUUGCUUCGACUUUUGUUGCCAUUUACACAGUCGAAAGGUUUGGUCGUCGUAGAUGUUUGUUAUGGGGUGCAGCUACCAUGAUGGCAUGCAUGGUGAUAUACGCUUCAGUAGGUGUAACGAGAUUAUGGCCAGACAAAAGUGACCAUUCCAUAUCCUCUAAAGGAGCAGGUAAUUGUAUGAUUGUUUUCACAUGUUUCUAUAUCUUCGUUACGCAACUACAUGGGCUCCUAUCGCAUGAGUGGUUACUGCUGAAUCAUUUCCUUUAAGAGUGAAAUCAAAAUGUAUGGCAAUAGCCUCAGCUUCUAAUUGGAUCUGGGGGUUUUUAACCGCAUUUUUUACUCCAUUUAUUACAUCAGCUAUAAACUUCUACUAUGGUUAUGUUUUCAUGGGGUGUUUAGUGGCCAUGUAUUUCUAUGUCCUCUUCUUUGUUCCAGAGACUAAGGGUUUAGCAUUGGAAGAAAUCCAGGAACUGUGGGAAGAAGGAGUGCUACCCUGGAAGUCUGCUUCAUGGGUACCACCUUCUAGAAGAGACGCUGAUUACAACGCAGAAGCGUUUGCCCAUGAUGAGAAGCCAUGGUACAAAAGAUUCACGUGA